CCUGUGAGGAGUGGGCACGUGCCUGGGGGCGGGGGUACGCCGCUGUUUCCCUGCGGGUGAGGGCUCUCUGCUUCGGCGUCGUGGCGCGGGUGGACCCGCUUGCCUAUUUGGUACCCUGUGAAUGGCUUUCAGCCUCUCGGCUCCACCCUCCCUCCCUAACAGACGCUGGGACGGAACCCGCCGCCGCGGAGUGCGUGGUCCCGGAAGCCCCUGCUCGAGGGUCCCAUCACCGGAAGUGCCACACCGGGCGGCCGGCAGAGGGAAGAGUUGAAUAUAAUGAAUAGCUCUGGAUUAGAGAGACCUUGUGGAGCCAAAAGAAAAAGUCGUUGAGUUAUUGUUACGGUUCUGAGGUGCCAAGUAAGAAAUUAAUAUAAAUAAUGCUGGAAAAUUCUAAAUGCAAACUGCUGAUGAAGGAAAGGUUUGAAACAAAUAUGUUUUUGAAGUUGCCAAUGAAAUGACUAUGAAAACGGGUCAAGAAGACCAAUGGAAAACCACUUAGGAGGAAAACAUAGAAAAUGUACACUUCAGAAGAGAAAUGUAACCAGAGAACUCAAAAAAAUAAAAAUAUACCAUGUAUGCCCUCAGCAGGGGAGAAAGAUUUAUAUUCAUGUACAUGAGAUUACUCAAAUAGAUAAUCAAAUAUAUCAGUGCCUUGAAUGUAAACAAAGCUUUUGUGAAAACUGAGAGAUCAUAUACUGGAAGAAACCGUAUAGAUGUGAUAUGUGUGAAAAAACCUUCAUCCAAAGUUCAGAUCUUAUUUCACACCAGAGGAUCCAUAAUUAUGAGAAACCUUAUAAGUGUAGCAAAUGUGAGAAGAGCUUUUGGCACCAUUUAGCCCUUUCAGGACACCAGAGAACACAUGCAGGUAAAAAGUUCUAUACCUGUGACAUCUGUGGCAAGAAUUUUGGUCAGAGCUCUGAUCUGCUUGUCCAUCAGCGAAGCCAUACAGGUGAGAAACCUUAUCUGUGUAAUGAGUGUGAUAAAUGCUUCAGUCGAAGCACAAAUCUCAUAAGGCACCGAAGAACUCACACAGGUGAGAAACCGUUUAAGUGUCUGGAAUGUGAAAAAGCUUUUAGUGGAAAAUCAGAUCUUAUUAGCCAUCAAAGGACUCAUACUGGUGAGAGGCCCUACAAAUGCAACAAAUGUGAGAAGAGUUAUCGGCACCGUUCCGCCUUCAUUGUCCAUAAAAGAGUUCAUACCGGGGAGAAGCCGUAUAAGUGUGGUGCCUGUGAGAAGUGCUUUGGGCAGAAAUCUGACCUUAUUGUACACCAGAGAGUCCAUACAGGUGAGAAACCGUAUAAAUGCUUGGAGUGUAUGAGAAGUUUUACUCGGAGUGCCAACCUAAUUAGGCAUCAGGCAACUCACACUCAUACUUUCAAAUGCCUUGAAUAUGAGAAAAGUUUCAACUGUAGCUCAGACCUCAUUGUACGUCAGAGAAUUCACAUGGAAGAAAAACCACAUCAGUGGUCUAUGUGUGAGAGUGGCUUCCUCUUAGGUAUGGACUUCAUUGCCCAGCAGAAAAUGAGGACUCAAACAGAAGAGCUACAUUAUAAAUACAGUGUUUGUGAUAAAAGCUUUCAUCAUAGCUCAGCCCUUCUUCAACGUCAAACAAUGCGCAUUGAUGAAGAGUACAUCUGUAAUGUAAGUGAAAAAGGUCUUGAUCUCAGCUCUCAUGCAUCAGAAACCUCACGGAUAUCUUGACAAGAAGUCACAUAACCUUUUAAAAAUGUACGUAUACAUCAGAAUUCAUUAAGAGAAAGACUUCUAGGUGAAUUUCAGAUUUCUGUCAGAUCUCAGGUGUCAUUGGGGACCAGAGAGAGAGUCUACCAUCUUAGGACACCUUUAUUAGCCACACUUGUGAAGAGCUAAACAAAUGCUCUGGGUUUUAGAAAAUCUUCCUCAAAAGAAGAGUCAUACAGGUAGGAAGCCUUACAUGUGCAGUAUGAGAGCUCUCCAGCAGUGUUAAGCCCUCAUCUUUACAAGAGAAUCACACCAGAGAACAACUGUUUAAAUGCUUUGUGUCAGCAGUACUCCAAACAGUAUGAACACCUUACUGGAUAUCAGAAAAUUGACCCUGGGGAGAAGCCCCAGAAAUGACAGGAAAAAGCUUCUAGAAUUCUGACUUUCUUAACCCUCAGAGAAGCCAUAGUGGUGUAAAUGGAUAUUUGUCUUGAGUGUGGCAAAAACACUUGUUGGAGAGUCUUACUUGGGUUUGCAUCCUCCUAAACAAAAAUCAGAGGAAUGAUAACUGUCUAAAUGAGAAAAUCUUAUUAAUUUUCAGCUCUUGGGGCAUAUCAGGGAACUCACUUCAGUGAAAACCCAUAAAUGCUUUGUAUCUGAGAAGCUAGCAGCUCUUACCUAGUUGGACCCCAGAGAACCAGUUCUAUUGAGGAAAGUUGCUCCAGUGAGAGUUAUAGCUGUGGGUGAAAAUCUGUACAUAACACUGUGUAUAAGAAGAGCUGUCUCAUAGUUGAACCACAUUGUAAAAAAACUAAAUAGAGUUGUAUAGAAAUACUGUCUUAGUGACCUAGAAGCUUGUUUUGGAGGAGCUGGGGCAAGUCAGCAUGGAUCUGGAGGGUAACUCAGGUAAAGAUUCUUUUCUUUUGUCUGAACCACUUAAUGAUUGCUCUAGUUUUACUUCUAAAACAUAAGGCCAAUAAAGGAAACGACUGUAAUCUUGUGUAUAAGGUAGGAUAUGGGUUAUUGUUGGAAGAAAGGAGUGCUUUGAAUUUUGAUUUCCAUUUUCUUGUUUGAUUUUUUUAAGAAUCUCUUGGCUAGAAUGGGAAUGGUU